AUGACUGGAACCGAGCGCAAAGUCUUUCAGAAAUACUACCCACCGGAUUUCGAUCCUUCGAAAAUCCCAAGAGCCAAAGGGAGUAAAAAUCGGCAAUUUGUGCAGCGUGUUAUGACACCGUUCAAUAUGCAGUGUAACACGUGCCAUGAAUAUAUUUACAAAGGCAAAAAAUUUAAUAUGAAAAGAGAAACAGCUGAAGGAGAAACGUAUCUGGGCUUGAAAAUUUUUCGAUUCUAUUUCAGGUGUCCCAAUUGUCUCGCCGAAAUCACAUUCAAAACCGAUUUGGAGAAUUGCGAUUAUCAAAAUGAGCACGGAGCAACUCGGCUAUUCGAAGCCGUCAAAUUAUAUCAAGACCAACAGAAGCAGGCGGAAGAGAAAGAAGCGGAAGACGCGAAGGAUCCGAUGAAAAUGCUUGAAAAGCGCACGAUGAUGAGUAGGCAGGAGAUGGAAGAACUCGGUAAUUUGGAAGAUCUGCAAGAAGUGAGUCGACAGAAGGAAGUAAUCGACACAAUCGAAUUCCUCCAAAAAACCGAUCCUCAUUUGGCGCAAGCAAUGCGCAUCAAACAGCAAGAGGAAGAGGACGAUCGAAUUGCAAAAGAGCUCUUUAGCCAGAUGGCGAAUCGACGAGUUGAGCGAAGAACAAAUGAUGACGACGAGGUGGUGGAAGACGACGACGACGACGACAAUAAACCGGGUCCCAUCAGUGCGCUAAAAGUUUCAACAGAUUGGGCUCCGCCAGAAGCUUCGAGGAAAAAGAAAUUAGAUCAGAAGGAGUUGCUAUCGAAAUUGGUUGUUGUUAAAAAGCAGAAGAAGGAAGAUGCAGAAGUGAAACCAGAAAAAGCUGCGGAGCCAGUAAAAGAAGAGAAGCCGGUUUCGACGGGUCUCGCUCUAUUAGCCGAUUAUGGAUCGGAUUCGGAUUAA